AUGUAUCAGACAGAGAACGGUAUAGGAACUGUGUGGAAGCCUAAUGUCUGAUGACCCCUAGUGGACACUCUGUUCACUGUAGUUCUGCCACAGAUACAAGCUUGGAACUACUGUAGAUUGAAUGAGCUUCUUUUGACUUCAGUCUGGUUCCAGGCUACAUAACAUUUCAACUCAUUGUGUCGUGGUCUAUAAUACUGAAAUGUAAUUAAUUUUUCUGUUCAUCACAGUUAUUAGAGAGUAUGUCAUUCCUGAUGGUCUAUAAUAAUGUGUUUUAUUGACUGUGUUCUAGGUUUUACAUAGAGAGUAUUUCCUACCUGAAGGACAAUGCUACUAUUGAACUCUUCUUCCUCAAUGCUAAGUCCUGCAUAUACAAGGUAAGUUAAUCACUACCUGUAGUUGAGUUUGCAUACAUGUUUUUUAUUGAUUAGUAGUGUAUUUAUUUUCCCAGUCAUGUCGUUACUGCACCACAAGGGGGCAUAUGUGGGUUAUUGAGUCAUCAGUGUGAUGCUUGAACAGAUAUAGCAUUAGCUAAGCUUACGCUAUCUCCAGCACCAAAAGUGUUAACCAGCCCCUGCUAACAAAAUGCCUCCACCAAUAGAGAUGCUAACACCCCAGCAACACCCAGAGCUUUUCCUAAUACAUCCCCAGCACUGAUAGCUUAGCGUAUGCUAACACGUAGCCAGUAGAUCACACCUAAGACUAGGCUGUUUAUAAAGGGAGACUGGCACACUCUGACUGGCCAACAGACUCUAGUGAAGAGAGGGUUGUCUGUGAAGUCUCCUUUUUACUUGACAUGAAUUAACAUAUUACCAACUCUCUGUGUCAAUGUUAAACACGUGGAUAAGUUUAAGAUGUUAGAGUUGUUUUAAUGCAGUCAUCUCCUGUCUGCGUUGAUGGCGUGCUUGUUUUACACUGGACCACACACACAUACAGACACACACAUACACACACACACACUGCUAGGCCACAGCCCCGUGGUGAGAGCCCAUGCUGUGUGGUAGUGCACUCAGUGUUGUGUUUCACUCUGCUGUCUGAUCUCUUAACCAAUUAACUGCCAGGGAUCGUAAACAGGACAUUCCUUACAUACCUGACCCUUUUAGUCACUAGUCACCCCUUAACACCCACAUACACUUCCCUCAGACCCCCUUCUAUGUGUGUGAGUAGGCCCAGUCCCAGCAUUGCUCAUCUAAGUAAACAGGAUGGAGAGACAAAGAGAAAGACAGAGAUACUGUAGGAUGAAAGAGAGUCACCAGUGCAUUCCCUCAUUCUCUCUUCCCCCGUUAAUCCCAUCACACUGUAAUCUCUGAGCUGAAGCAGAGAACACAACCCCCCAUGAAGAGAGGACAAGAAAUCAGGGAGGGAGAGAGGGAGGAAGCGAGGGAUAGAUACAACAAUAAAGCAAUGGAGAAAUGAGAGUCCUGGGGAAAAUGUGAUAGAAACGUGUGUAUUCUGUAUGAAUGUGUUUUUCAUUGUUGUAUUGUAGGUACAGGAUAAAUGUGAUGUAUGAAAUGUGGCCCUCACAGCUCCCAUGGAUUAGUUUUAUUAGCACUGUGAGUACAGAGUCAAGGAAUACCCUUUAUCUAAUGCGUUCAUUCUCUCUCUCUCUCUCUCUCUCUCUCUCUCUCUCUCUCUCUCUCUCCUCUCUCUCUCUCUCUCUCUCUCUCUCUCUCUCUCUCCCUCUCCAUCUUCCUCUCUCUCUCUCUAUUUCUCUAAGGAGCUCAUUGAGGUGGACAGUGAGGUGGUAUUUGAGCUGGCCUCCUAUAUCCUACAGGUAAGUCAGAGUUACACUAGCUUUGACCAAUGACUUACAUCCCUCUACAUGUAACUACUCUGACUCCAACUUAUGUGGGUGUUCCAGACACAGACCACAUUACUCACUUGACCCUUCCCUUCUACUGAAAUAGUGAGCUGUCUUUCCUUUAAUCCUGCUUUACAUUAUAAGUGUUGUUUGCCUGGAUCUGUGUCUGCUCUAGCCAACUCCUCUGACUGUUGCCAUUGGUAUGUCAUGUUUAUCAUGUUUAUCAUUUGAAAAAUCAGACAUUGAUUGAAUGGGCUCCCAUCCCUAGUUCCAGGGAGUGAGUGUGUAUAUUGGCCAGGGAGUGUGUAGGGUUCCCCCUCAGUCUAGGUCAGCCCAUUACCUCAGUACCCUGAAACACCAGCUUACACACACUCACAGACUGUGGCGUGUGAGUGUGUGUGCGUUUGUGUGUGUGUGUGUGUGUGUCCGCGUGCGUGUGUGUGUCUGCAGGUGCAGAUGCUUCAGGUACGUAUCUCUUGGCCUUUAGAGGUUUUGCUCCAGAUGGAUUACAUUUCUCUCUGAUUUCACCACAGGAGACCUCACUGUACACUCACCCACCCACACACCCACCCACACAGACGCAGACGCACGUACACACUCACUACCUGACCCGCAAAAGCCAGCUUUCUCCCCUCCAUAGUAGUGUAUGCAGGGGCGCAACUUUCACUGGGGACAGCCCCACAUUCUGAAAUUGCAUUUUUGUCCCCCCCAGUUUUAUAAUUGGAAUGUUAUACAAAAUCAGGCAACGGUGUGCUUUAGGACCAUGUGGACGCCUCCAAGCGGUUGAGUAAGCUGUUUGGAGUGUUUAUCCGACUGGAUAAAAAAUAUAUAAUAAUAAUAAUGUCCCCCCCACUUCUAAAGCCAAAGUUGCACCCCUGAGUGUAUGUAUCAAACAGGGUUGGGCUCAAUUCAUAAUUGAAUUGAGAAUGCCUCAUAAAUACCAAUUAAAUUCUUAAAUUUGAAUUGAAGUAGUAAACAGGAUACAGAAUUGCAAUUCAAGGAAAUAUAAUUACAUUCUGUGAAAUUAAAUUACAUUAAAAUGCCUCUUCUAUUCUAUAUUAGGUAUAGUCUAUACAAAUAUACAUCUUCUACAUAAAACAUCAAACAUGUUGUUAUAUACCUGCAUAGAAAAUAUUGUUGAAACAAUAGAUUUCUAGAACAGACUUUUAAAAUGAAUGAUCAAGGAAAACAAAACCUGUAUGCGAAUAUUCUACUGUACAUUUUGUUCAAUAUGGGGAAAAUACUACAUUUCACAGAAUCCAUUAGUUUAACCCUCAAGUUGACCCUGAGGCCUUCAAAAAGAAGCUAAACAAAUGAAAUGGUUGGUGGAAAUAUAAUUGCCUAUUCAAAGCACUAAGGUUAAAAUAGUAUAUUAACAUUGUUUCCAGAGAAAAGUGGUAUAUUCUUUGGUAUCUGGAAGUGUGACCUGUAGGAUUCAAUGAAACUCCCAUGUUCUAUUACUGAGUGGAAAUUCUUUGAAUUGCACUGAAUUACAUUCUACUUCCAAUUUCAAUUCAUGAGUUGAAUGGGAGUCAAUUCCAAAAUUCUGAAUUGAGUCCAACCCUGGUGCUAACCACCUCUCUCUCUCUUUUCUCUUUCCAGGAGGCUAAAGGUGACUUCAUCAGGUAAGAACAGUUAUUAUAUAUCUGUACUAAAGUAAGUGGUAUGUGUAUAAUGUACACUAUAACAACUAGUAUCCAGGAGCCUCCAGCCUAUAGUCCUUGUCUCAGUGGGGAGUAGAUGGGAUGUGGCCCACGUGUUUGUUUGGUUUUUGGGUGAGGGGAGGGUGGGAUAGGUUUGUGUGUGUGUGUGUGUGUGUGUGUGUUGACUAAAAUGUAAAAUGUGUGUCUGUGUGUGUGUGCAUGUGUGUGUGUGUGUGACAGGGGAACAAUUACACCCUGUGUAGGGGGUCUGUCCUGGGCACUCUGAGCACUUCAGAGCAGCAAAGCAAAUCGCCUCCCUCCCUCUCCUCUCAAAAGACCUGCACUUGUCUGCCUGUCUGCCUCUCAACCCCAGUCCCCUGAUUCACUCUCUCCAUCCAGCGCUGAAGAGUCUGUCUUUAGAGAGGGUCAGUGGGGGGUAGUUUAUUGUAGUGCAUGGCUGUGUGUGUGUAUGUGUGUGUGUGUGUGUGCGUGUGACAGGGCUCCACAGUGCAUGACUGCUAGCCAAUUAAGACCAGAGCAGUGUAACAGGGUGAGAUGAAGGCAGGGAGGGCAGCUCACAUGAUGAGCCUUCUGCCCCCUAAAACAGUUUGCUCUCUAUUGGUUUACACUUUUUGGGAGAUGGAUGAUUUGUCGGCCACUGUAUCGGUUUGGAAAGUGAAGGUUAGUUAGAAGCAUCAUAGUGAAAAUGUGUGUUUACAAAAUGACAUGUUUGCAAAUAUAUUACAAUGUACAGUGGGGAAAAAAAGUAUUUAGUCAGCCACCAAUUGUGCAAGUUCUCCCACUUAAAAAGAUGAGAGAUGCCUGUAAUUUUCAUCAUAGGUACACGUCAACUAUGAUAGACAAAUUGAGGAAAAAAAAUCCAGAAAAUCACAUUGUAGGAUUUUUAAUGAAUUUAUUUGCAAAUUAUGGUGGAAAAUAAGUAUUUGGUCACCUACAAACAAGCAAGAUUUCUGGCUCUCACAUACCUGUAACUUCUUCUUUAAGAGGCUCCUCUGUCCUCCCCUCGUUACCUGUAGUAAUGGCACCUGUUUGAACUUGUUAUCAGUAUAAAAUACACCUGUCCACAACCUCAAACAGUCACACUCCAAACUCCACUAUGGCCAAGACCAAAGAGCUGUCAAAGGACACCAGAAACAAAAUUGUAGACCUGCACCAGGCUGGGAAGACUGAAUCUGCAAUAGGUAAGCAGCUUGGUUUGAAGAAAUCAACUGUGGGAGCAAUUAUUAGGAAAUGGAAGACAUACAACACCACUGAUAAUCUCCCUCGAUCUGGGGCUCCACGCAAGAUCUCACCCUGUGGGGUCAAAAUGAUCACAAGAACGGUUAGCAAAAAUCCCAGAACCACACGGGGGGACCUAGUGAAUGACCUGCAGAGAGCUGGGACCAAAGCAACAAAGCCUACCAUCAGUAACACACUACGCCGCCAGGGACUCAAAUCCUGCUGUGUCCCCCUGCUUAAGCCAGUACAUGUCCAGGCCCGUCUGAAGUUUGCUAGAGUGCAUUUGGAUGAUCCAGAAGAGGAUUGGGAGAAUGUCAUAUGGCCAGAUGAAACCAAAAUAGAACUUUUUGGUAAAAACUCAACUCGUCGUGUUUGGAGUACAAAGAAUGCUGAGUUGCAUCCAAAGAACACCAUACCUACUGUGAAGCAUGGGGGUGGAAACAUCAUGCUUUGGGGCUGUUUUUCUGCAAAGGGACCAGGACGACUGAUCCGUGUAAAGGAAAGAAUGAAUGGGGCCAUGUAUCGUGAGAUUUUGAGUGAAAACCUCCUUCCAUCAGCAAGGGCAUUGAAGAUGAAACGUGGCUGGGUCUUUCAGCAUGACAAUGAUCCCAAACACACCGCCCGGGCAACAAAGGAGUGGCUUCAUAAGAAGCAUUUCAAGGUCCUGGAGUGGCCUAGCCAGUCUCCAGAUCUCAACCCCAUAGAAAAUCUUUGGAGGGAGUGACCAAAUACUUAUUUUCCACCAUAAUUUGCAAAUAAAUUCAUAAAAAAUCCUACAAUGUGAUUUUCUGGAAUUUCUUUUCUCAUUUUGUCUGUCAUAGUUGACGUGUACCUAUGAUGAAAAUUACAGGCCUCUCUCAUCUUUUUAAGUGGGAGAACUUGCACAAUUGGUGGCUGACUAAAUACUUUUUUUCCCCACUGUAUAACUUUGGUUGUUUAUAUAGGUGUUUUUUGCAUUACUAUCUUUCUUUAAAUACAGAUGGAUUGCAAGGCCUUUACAGUUAAAGGGAAACACAUACAGUAUCUUAUAUCGUUGUUCUGUAUCUUAGAGAGGUACAGGAUACAAAUUAUUCAUCAGUGUGUGAGCGGUGAAGACAGGGUUGAACAGCGUUCACCUUUGACCCCAUUUCCUCUUCUUCACAGAGAGCAUAAAUAAACAUGGCGUUCCACUGAGCUCUGGAAUGUGACACACACACAGAAAAGGAGGUCAUGAUUCACCAAAUCAUGCCAAAAAGGCCAGAGAUGUAGUGGAGGAUAAAGGAUGUUUACACACCUUCUUAUUUGGUGAAUAAAUAGCAUUUAUGGACAUAUUACACUAAAUAUUACGGUAGCAUUGUUUGCUAGACUUUUGGGGGCCCUAGGUGGGAUUUGGAUGGUGGGCACCCCCACCUCGCAGGCAAAAAAAAAUUGUGACCUCCCUCUAGACGGCGGAGAGAAAAAUGUACGUUUUAAAGUACAUUUCCAUCAAUUCUACACAUUUUGCCAUGGGGCGUAGAUUUUUUUUGUUGCAGUUUUAAAGCAAGUUUUCUGCAAUCCUACACAGUUUGCCAUGGGGCGGAGAGAACAUUUUGCAAUUUUAUAGCUAAUUUCCAGCAAUUCUACCCAUUUUGCCUUGGGAGGGUGGAGAGACAUAUUUGCCGUAUUAAAGCAUCUUUCCUGCCAUUCGACACAUUUUGCCAUGACCUAUGCCAUGUUAAUGAUAUCUGAGUGGUAGUGACUUACAAAAUCAAUGGGGGUCCCCUGGAGGUCAGGGCCCCUGAGCACGUGCCCUGCGUGCCUGGUCGGUGUUCGGUCAUGAUUACUACAAGUUUAGAUAGCUGGCUAGACUAACUUACCAAUCAAAAAAUAGUUAGCUGACAUACAGUAGCUAAUUGGGUGACUGUCAAUGACUGACAUAAUAAAGAGAAAAAGAUAAUAAAGAGAAAAACUGCUGAUGCACAACCAAAUUUCGAAAUUGCACCUUCUAUUCUAACUAUCAACAGUAAGUUGAGACCCCGACUGAGUUAAAAAUAUAUAUAUAUAUAUAUAUAUAUAUAUAUAUAUAUAUAAUAAAUACAAAAGUUUUUGUUUUUUUGGGUCGGGAGUGUUGGCUUCCAUGUUUCCAGGGCUUUCCCCCAGUCUCAGUCUCAGGGAGCUGGGAGGGUUAGGGGAUUACAGAGGGGUUUAAGACAUGGAGUCUGGGUUCUUCUUCAUCUCUCUCUUUCCCUCUCUCUCUCUCGCUCUCUGUCUCUGCUCUGUCUCUCUCUCUCUUUCUGUCUCCACAGCUGUUCCCUAGACAACGCCCAGCCAGCUGUGUGACUGUCUCAUCGGUUCCCCUAAAACACAACAGGGCAGCAUUAGUCCCCCCCCCCCCCCCCCCCCCCCCCCCCUACCUUGUCAGUUACUAACUCUGGCCAAACCCAUAGAUUAAUCAUGAGGAAAUAUCCUUGGAUUAAAGUCAAUACAUCAUUGAGGUAGACAAACAUCACAUUAUUGGAGACACCUUUGUAGGGGCUUAUAUCACUAAUGCCAAUCUGUCUCCAACACGUCUUGGCAGUUUGAGUUCAGUGUGUGUUCACAGUAAUGACGUGUGUGUUUCUGUGUGUGUUGCAGUAAUGACGUGACAAGGUCAGACCUGAAGAAGCUUCCAGCUUUGCCAACUCAGGCCCUGAAGGAACACCCAUCUCUGGCCUACUGGUGAGUCCCAGCCUGUCUUAUUGGUCCAAUAGACCAGGGCCACCAAACUCUACUGCCUGGUUGCUCGACCUGGCUGCCUGUUUGAUAUGAUUAAGUUAUAUUUUGUGUAUGUUUUCUGUUCCAGUGAGGACCGGGUGAUAGAACACUACAAGAAGCUCAAUGGACAGUCCAGAGGGCAGGCCAUAGUCAAGUAAGACUGGAGAGGGGGAGGGUGUGUGUCUGUGUGUGUGUCUCAUAUUCUCUUUCUGCAUGCUCUCUCUCUUGAGCUGUGUGUGUGUGUUCAGACAUCUCUCUCACAUGCUGAGUGUAUCCAUGUGUGUGUGUGUGUGUGUGUUUAUAGUGCUCUCUCUCUCGCUUCAGUGUGUGCUGUGAAGUUGAACACUGUGAGCUCUCUGACUGACUAAUGUCUCUCUCUGUGUGUCUCUGUCUCUUUGUCUCUAACAGUUAUAUGAGCAUCGUUGAGUCCCUGCCUACAUAUGGAGUACAUUACUACACUGUUAAGGUACAACUUUAUCACUUACUCACAUACUCUCUCUCUUGGGGUUGGGGGCUGAGUGGGUGGGUGAGUUUCUUGGGGGGCUAUGAAAUACGCACACAACCUCUGAUGUGUGUAUCUUCUCUCUGUGUGUGUCAGGAUAAGCAGGGAAUUCCGUGGUGGCUGGGACUGAGUUAUAAAGGAAUCUUCCAGUAUGACUACCAAGACAAGGUCAAACCCAGGAAGGUAAGACACAGAAUUUAAUUAUGUCUCUCUCUUUCUCUCUCCCUCCAUUGUGUGUCUGACGUUUUAUAAAGAUGGAACAUCCUGUCAUUCCAACGGUCACCUGGUAGUCUAUUAAAGCCUUUCAACUUUGACCCUAGUAAUGUCCAACGUCUCCUCGCUGGAUCAACGGACACACACACACACACACACACGCCGUCUGUGAACUCUGACCCCUCAGCACUGACAAAGGCUUCCUGUCUGUCUCAGCUUUCCUGUUUGCCCGUCCUGUUCCAAUGUGUGUGUGUGUGUGUGUGUGUGUGUGUGUGUGUGUGUGUGUGUGUGUGUGUGUGUGUGUGUGUGUGUUUGUGUGUAUGUGUGUGCGUGCAUUCCAGUCUAAAUGUCUCACCACUGUGCCCCAUUCCCCCCAGCUUCCUGCUCUAUCCCAUACUAGUCUCAUCUCCUGAUGUUUCCUAGAUGUUACAUCACCAUGGAGAAAAGAUGGGAAUGCUGGCCUAGUCUCCUAUUUUAGAUCACAGGAAUGAGUUGGUGGUUGGCGUUAGCUUCCAACCACAUAUUGGUUCUGUAAAAAUUCCCAGAACAUUCGUUAGGUCGCCACAUGUGUUCUCAUAACACAAAAACUGUCCGGUCAUGCUGAUGAUUAUAGAUUCAUAAUCAUCAUAAUCAUUGUAUAAAACAUUCGCCUGAUGUUGCAAGAACAUUCCUAGAGCACAUUUAAUCUUUAAAGGUUCCCAGAAUGUUUCAUUAGGUUGUGGGAACAGUCUGGUGGGAACAUUGUGGGGACAUCAUAAAGGAUAUGUUGGCAACACAGAGAAACUGUCCAGUUGUGCGGAUGAUUCUACAAUGUUUCUUUUAGGGUGCGAAAAACAUUCACCUGAUGUUACAAGAAUGUUCCCAUAACACUUUUCUUUUGUUCUAUAAGGGUUCCCACAAUGUUUAUUUAUGUUGUGAAACAUUGUGGGGAUAUGACAAGAGAUAGGUUCCCAAAACACUAAAACUGUCCAGUUGUGCUGACAUUCGGAUAAUGUUGUAUCAGGAUGCACAAAACAUUAAUUUGAUGUUGCAAGAAUGUUUACAGAACAGCCUUUCCGAGUUCUUUAUAGGUUCCCAGACCAUAUAAUUAGGUUGUGGGAACAGUGUGGGUAUAUUUCAAAAGAGAGAGGUUCCUAAAACACAAAAUAUGCUCAUUAGUGAUGACAUUCAUGCAAUGUUUAAGUUAUGUUGCACAGGACAUUCCUAUAAUGCUGGAAGAAUGUUGACAGAACACCUGAUCUAAGUCAAUGAAAGGUUCCCAGAACAUUUAGUUAAGCUAUGGAAGUUGUCUGGGAUGUUGCAAGAAUAUUCUUGUGACAUUCACAUAGGUUACAUAGAACAUUCCCACAAUGUUCUACAAUUUCCAAAUAAGUCCGCAAAACACCAGUCUCAACGUCAACAGUGAAGAGGCGACUCCGGGAUGCUGACCUUCUAGACAGAGUUGCAAAGAAAAAGCCAUAUCUCAGACUGGCCAAUAAAAAAUGUAGAUUAAGAUGGGCAGUCUGAGAUAUGGCUUUUUCUUUGCAACUCUGCUUAGAAGGUCAACAUCCUGGAGUCGCCUCUUCACUGUUGACAUUGAGACUGGUGUUUUGCGGGUACUAUUUAAUGAAGCUGCCAGUUGAGGACCUGUGAGGCGCCUGUUUCUCAAACUAGACACUCUAAUGUAUUUUUCCUCUUGCUCAGUUGUGCACCGGGGCCUCCCAUUCCUCUUUUUAUUCUGGUUAGAGCCAGUUUGCGCUGUUCUGUGAAGGGAGUGGUACACAGCGUUGUACGAGAUCUUCAGUUUCUUGGCAAUUUCUCGCAUAGAAUAGCCUUCAUUUAUCGAGUUUCAGAAUAAAGUUAUUUGUUUCUGGCCAUUGUGAGCCUGCAAUCGAACCCACAAUUGCUGAUGCUCCAGAUACUCAACUAGUCUCAAGAAGGCCAGUUGUAUUGCUUCUUUAAUCAGCACAACAGUUUUCAGCUGUGCUAACAUAAUUGCAAAAGUGUUUUGUAAUGUUCAAUUAGCCUUUUAAAAUGAUCAACCUGGAUUAGCAAACACAACGUGCCAUUGGAACACAGGACUGGUGAUUGCUGAUAAUGGGCCUCUGUACGCCUAUGUAGAUAUUCCAUAAAAAAUCAGCCGUUUCCAGCUACAAUAGCCAUUUACAACAUUAACAAGGUCUACACUGUCACGAUCGUUCAUCGACGGGACGGACCAAGGCGCAGCGUGAUAUGCGUACAUGUUUAUUUUAAUGAAUAAACAACCGACAAAACAAUAAACAAAUGAAACGUGAAGUCCAAGGUAGAACACAAAACAUACCUACACGGAACAAGAUCCCACAACCCACUAGUGCCAAUAGGCUACCUAAGUAUGGUCCCCAAUCAGAGACAACGAGCGACAGCUGCCUCUGAUUGGGAACCACACCGGCCAACAUAGAUCUAGACGAUCUAGAUCUAAACCUAGAAAAUACAACAUAGAACAUACACACAGAAAAUACACACCCUGACUCAACAAAUACGAGUCCCCAGAGUCAGGGCAUGACAUACACUGUAUUUCUGAUCAAUUUGAUGUUAUUUUAAUGGACAAUUUCUAAGUGACCCCAAACUUUUGAACGGUAGUGUAUAUAAUUUUCCAUAAAUAGACACAUAAAAUCAACUUUAUGUAGGCUACUGAGCUUUUCUGAUGCUUUAAGCACACUAUUUGAUUAAAUAAUUAAGACACACAAAUGACUUAAGAGGGAGCCAGAGAUCAAGAUAGCCUAACCAGAAGGAGAAAAAAAACUGUUCCUGACCCGCCUCCUCCCACUGCUGCUGGCCUUCGUAGAUUAUACCGUUACGCUCCUGAAGUUGCCGGUAAUAGACUAUACCAGGGGUCGACAACCUUUUCAAUUUGGGUGCCAAUUUAUCUUACCAUUUCUAGCGAUCUGCAUGCCAGUUAUGAUUUUCCUAUGCACAUUUUCGUGGAACAUUUUCAUGUAUCUCAAAAUCAUUGUCAUGUGGUUAAUCAAAAUUAUAUCUAAAUCAAAAUCAAAAUGAUACAAAUCUAAAAGUAACUUCUAUUACCAUUGCCAACUAUGUAAAAAUAGCCUACAUAAAGCCAACAAAUUAAAACAUUGCAGCUUGCAGGUAGAAAUGAUCCUGAUAAAAAUAAAUAUCCUAUGAAUCACAUUGUCUACAAAUGGCCUGUCUUCAACGAACUUGAAACAUUGUAUCAACUAUCAACUGGGUCAGGCCCGAAGCUAGCGCUAGCAACCUUGCAACAUUGUAUAAAAUAUUCUGGGCCCUCAGAGUUUCCACGCUAGUGUGCUCAGGACAGACACAGCUGUAGGAUAUUUGUGCAAGGGAUAAGAAGUAAUCAGGUAUUUUAUGAAGUUUCCACUGGAUCAGAGCCUUGCAUUUUUCCCUUUCAUGCCGAUUGAUUAUCAAAAGGGAGGGAGCUGUAAAUAUUUUUCAAAUACAUUGAGGAACUAUUGUCAUUCUCAAUGGAUUCUAAAAACAGACUUUGUUUACAUGCUGUUUGAGGUGAAGAAAAAAUUACUUUGAGGCUCCAUAGCUCAUUAGUGGUGGAGUUAAGACAAUCAGAAACACCAUCAGACAUCCCCAAAUGGGAACAUUUAUAGGCCGACAUUUGUGUGCAGGUCAGGUAGCCUAGGUCUACUUCUAUAUGCGUAAUCUGGUGCGUGUCCUUACUCAACAUUAACUGGAACGCUCCAAAUAAAAGACAAUGAAAAAAUUGACUAAACUCGUAAAUGGAAUUAAAUAAACCCAAACUUGUUUCUCACAAGUGUAGCAUAGGUUGUGAGCUCUGCAAACAACAUGUCCACUCCAACAAUGAGAACGGUAAAUGACUGUAAUAAUAAUAUAUUGAAUGCAUUAACAGAAAUUACCAUAACCAAACAAGCAUUGUAGAUUAGAAAUUAUGGGAAUUAACGGUAAAUGUACUACUGGUGAUAUGUAAAGGGAAUUGAUAGACACUAACAAGGGCAAACAAUUCACACAAUGAUAAAUGAGCACGAAAUGUCGGGAGAGAGCGCAUUUUGGAGAAAGUGUAGCUUGUGCAUUUUAGCCACACUCCCCUACUUCUUGGACCGUGCCAUCCCAGUGGCAUCCGCAAUUGAUUAGUCCACUGAGACAGGCGCGAAUCAGACAGGUGUCUUGUGUGCCAUAAAAAAUAUAUAUAUUUGCGACUGCUUGACUAAAAACAAUGACCAGACGACUAAAUGGGGUCAGCCCUAGUGCGGAAACACUUGCGCUUAAAAGGGUCUGUGAGGUGAAGAAAUGGAGAUGCAUUUAACAGUGUAAAAAAUAUGUGUAAUUAAGAUCUCCUGCAUUAACUUUGACAGUUGCAUUCAUAGGACAUUUGAACAGCAUUUAAUUAUACUUUAUAUGUUGACAAUAUGCACGUGGGGUUUGAUGCACCUCAAGCUGAACCCUGGCAAGACGGAGCUGCUCUUCCUCCCGGGGAAGGACUGCCCGUUCCAUGAUCUCGCCAUCACGGUAGACAACUCCGCUGUGUCCUCCUCCCAGAGUGCGAAGAGCCUAGGCGUGACCCUGGACAACACCCUGUCGUUCUCCGCCAACAUCAAGGCGGUGACCCGCUCCUGCAGGUUCAUGCUCUACAACAUUCGGAGAGUGCGACCCUGCCUUACACAGGAAGCGGCGCAGGUCCUGGUCCAGGCACUUGUCAUCUCCCGUCUGGACUACUGCAACUCGCUGUUGGCUGGGCUCCCUGCCUGUGCCAUUAAACCCCUACAACUCAUCCAGAAUGCCGCAGCCCGUCUGGUGUUCAACCUUCCCAAGUUCUCUCACGUCACCCCCCUCCUCCGCACACUCCACUGGCUUCCAAUUGAAGCUCGCAUCCGCUACAAGACCAUGGUGCUUGCCUUUGGAGCAGUGAGGGGAACGGCACCCCUGUACCUUCAGGCUCUGAUCAGUCCCUACACCCAAACGAGGACAUUGCGUUCAUCCACCUCUGGCCUGCUGGCUCCCCUUCCUCUGCGGAAGCACAGCUCCCGCUCAGCCCAGUCAAAACUGUUCGCUGCUCUGGCACCCCAAUGGUGGAACAAGCUCCCUCACGACGCCAGGACAGCGGAGUCACUCACCACCUUCCGGAGACAUUUGAAACCCCACCUCUUUAAGGAAUACCUGGGAUAGGCUAAAGUAUUCCUUCUAACCCCCCCCCCCCCCCCCCCAAAUUGUAAAGUGGUUAUCCCACUGGCUAUAGGGUGAACGCACCAAUUUGUGAGUCGCUCUGGCUAAGAGCGUCUGCUAAAUGACGUUAAUGUGCCCUUGAGCAAGGCACUUAACCCUAAUUGCUCCUGUAAGUCGCUCUGGUUAAGAGCGUCUGCUAAAUGACUAAAAUGUAAAAUGUAAAUGUAAAUGUUUGAACCUGCAACAUUCGGUUCCCAAGCCAGAUCUUUUAUCUUCUGCACCACUGGGGAAGCGCUCUCACAUCUACUUUUUUCAGUAUAUAACCAUGGCAGUAUAGUCAAUAAGGAAUACCAUGCUUCCGUUUUAGCAUUCUUAGACAUAACUAACCCAGGGAAAUACUGGUAACUGGCUUUUUCACCAUCACUUCCCCAUCCUCUUUAUAUGCUGUGUACUUCUGGGCCCAUAUUUAGAAGGUAUGCAAGACUAUUGAGUGCUGAUCUAGGAUCACUUUUGGUUUUCAGAUCAAGGGGGGACCAUAUAAAGCGUCUCAAAGUAGGAAUGAAAUCAGGUGUGUUUUUUUAUGUUGAACAGUCCAUUUUUACACAGUGCUGAAUUUUUACGGUUAGUCUAAAUUAUGCAUUUUUGACUGGAUUUAUAAAUCUGGAUGAAAUAAAGACAUCCCCUCUUUUAGUAGAUUAUAUUUGAGCCUCAAUUUCACUGUUUUUCAAAAGAAACAUGGUUAAACAACAUGUGGGAUUGAACCUGCACUCUUCAGCUUGGCAGACAGAUCAUCAUUUUGGUUUAUUUCAUUCCAUUUAGGAGUUUGUUUGUAGCGCUCCUGUCAAUGUUGAGUAAGGACACACACCUAAUUACACAUUGAAGUAGGCCUAGGCUACCUGGCCUGCGCGCAAAUGUAGGCCUAUAAAUGUGCACAUUUGGGGAUCUGAUAGUAUUUCUGAUUGUCUUAACUCAACACCACUGUGGAACUUCUCAGAGUAAUUUUUUCUUCACCUCAAACAGCAAGGAAACGAAGUCUGUUUUUACAUCCAUUGAGAAUGCCAAUAGUUCCUCAACGUAGCCUAUUUGAAAAAUCUUUACAGCUCUCUUUUGAUAACCACUCAGUGUGAAAGGGGGGGAAAUAAUUUAAUGCUCUGAUCCGGUGGAAAUGUCAUAAAAUAGGCCUACCUGAUUACUUCUAAUCCCUUUCGCAAAUAGCCUACAGCUAUGUGUCCAGAGUUUACUGGAGCAGGAAACUCUGAGGGCCCAGAAUAUUUUAUACAAUGUUGCAAGUUUGCUAGAGCAAGCUUCAAGCCAGACCUAAGUUAAUAGUUGAUAUAAUGUUUCCAGUUCCUUGCAGACAGGCCAUGUAUAGACAAUGUGAUUUAUAGGAUAUUUAUUUUUAUCAGGAUAUUUUCAACCUGCAGGUUGCAAUGUUUUUAUUUGUUGGCUUUAUGUAGGCAAUUUUUUACAUAGUUGGCAAUGGCAAUAGAAGUUACUUUUAGAAUUUUGAUUAACCACAUGAUAAUGAUUUAGAGAUUAUAAAUUAAAUGAAACUAUUCCACGAAAAUGUGCAUAUAAAAAUCAUAACUGGCACGCAGAUCGGUAGAAAUGGUAAGAUAAGUUGGCACUCCAAAUGGAAAAGGUUGCUGACCCCUGGUGUAGCCUAUUAGGAGCGUAACAGCAGGAGCGUAACAGCACAAUCUGCGAAGGCCAGCAGCAGUGGGAGGAAAGUUUUUUUUCUUCUGGUUAGGCUAUCUUGAUCUCUGGCUCCCUCGAGUCAUUUGUUUUUCUUAAUUAUUUAAUCACAGUGUGCUUAAAGCAUCAGACAAGCUAUAUAGGGAAAAAUACACGUUACAUAUAUUUUUUUGACCAAUCGAUUAGUCGAAAGGACAGACGUCUCUAGGUCGACCAAGAUUUUUUAGUCGGGCACAGCUAGUUCCCAUCCUCUUUAUAUGCUGUGUACUUGUAACACAGUAUUUUAUGAUUUUCUUUCUUCAUCACCUGUGUUGAAAGUUGGAUAGAGCUUCCUUAAAAUAACUUGCAUUCUUGUGUAUUCAUAUGCUUCUUAAAUACAGGCUCAGAACCUUCAAACUGAACAAGAAAACAAUUAGACCUUUCCUCAAUUUCAUUGAAAACACAUACAAAUUCAUGCAAUGCCCAUUCUGAAAAAUGAUGAUACAUAAUAAAUAUACAAAAACAAAUUCAGGUUCAAUGCAAUAAUCUUUUAUUGAUUUAAAGGUGCAAUGCAUUUUUUUCUCAAUAUCAAAGCAUUUCUGGGUAACAAUGAAGUACCUUACUGGGAUUGUCUUAAAUUAAAUGGUUAAAAAAAAAUGCAAUAGCAAAGAGCAAAAUCAUGAAAUACAGUGUUACAAGUGCACAUCAUAUGAAGGAUGGAAAUAUUUUAAUUACUCAGAAAUUGUGUUCUGUCCUGAUUGACCAUAUUAGACUGAAAAAACCCUGCAAGGCCACAGCUAUCCCCUGGUGGCACAGAGGGUUAAUGAUCUGGUUGCAGAUCUGAAGAUUGCAGAUUCAAUCCCACAUACUCUUUAACCAUGUUUCUUUUGGAGAAAAGAAACGGUCAAAUUGAGGCUCAAAUAUACUAAAAGAGAGGGUGUUUUUAUUUCGUCCAGAUUUAUAAAUCCAGUCAGAAAUGUUAUUGAAGAGCUCCUGAGUGGUGCAGCGUUCAAAAGCACUGCAUCACAGCCGGCCGUGACCAGGAGCCCCAUAGGACGGCGCACAAUUUGCCAUCCGGGGUAGGGGAGGGUUUGGCCAGGGGGCUGUCCUUGGCUCAUCAUGCUCUAGCAGCUCCUUGUGGCAGGGCCGGGCACCUGCAAGCUGAAAACAGUCAUCAGUCGAAUGGUGUUUCCUCUGACACAUUGGUGCGGCUGACUUCUGGGAUAAGCGAGCAGUGUGAUAAGAAGUAGUGCGGUAAGAAGUAGUGUUAUUGAAAUUUUCUGAGGACCUCUAAGACUAGGUAAAAUGUAUAUUACAUGAACAUCAAUUAAAUAUUAUGUUGAACCUAAAACAAAUAUGCUAUGAACGUCAUAAAAAACUGACUGGAAAUUGUGGAACAUUGUGCAACAUUGUGGGAAUGUUCUGUGCAACCUUCGUGAAUAUCACAAAAAUAUUCUUGCAACAUUUACAUUUACGUCAUUUAGCAGACGCUCUUAUCCAGAGCGACAUCCCAGACAACUCCCAUAACUUAAUGAAAUGUUCUGGGAACCUUUAAAGAACUUAGACCAGUUGUUCUGUCAACAUUCUUACAACAUUAAGGGAAUGUCCUGUGCAACUUAACUUAAACAUUGCAUGAAUGUCAUCACAACUAAACAUAUUUUGUGUUUUGGGAAUCUCCUGUCAUAUCCCCACAAUGUUCCCACAACCUAAAUAAAUGUUUUAGAAACUUUGAAAGAACAUGAAAAACAUCAGGUUAAUGUUUUUUUGCAUCCUAAAAUAAACAUUGUAUAAUCAUCCACACAACUUGACAGUUUCUUGUGUUUUGGGAACAUAUAUUUUGUGAUGUCCCCACAAUGUUCCCACCAGACUGUUCCCACAACCUAAUAAAACAUUCUGGGAACCUUUAAAGAACAGACAAAAUGUGUUCUGGGAACGUUCUGGCAACAUCAGGCAAAUGUUUAUACAAACAUUGUAUAAUCACCAGCACGACUGGACAGUUUUUGUGUUAUGAGAACUUUCACAGAACCAAUUUUGGUUUGCUGGGAAAACAUUACUGGUACAUUGUGUUAUUACAUUACCUGGAAACCUAAUGAGACAUUUUUGGGGAAUGUUCUGUGGUGGUUGUUACAGAUGUUGUUGCACAACAUUUGAGUGAAUGUUAGGAGAACAUUCUAAGGAUAUUUCAUUUACAACAUAAACAUAAAAAACAACUUUUACAAAUGUUUUUGGGAUGUUAUCAUCCUAAUGUUAGACUAAAUCUAGAACUUAAUGGAAAUCUUAGCUAAUGUUCUGUGAAUGUUCUCGGUUUGCUGGGAAGGGCCCUCUUGGAUCUUUCAUUAUUGGCAGGAUGUUUUCUCCUCAUAUCUCACCUUUUGUAGAUAUACACUACCAGUCAAAAGUUUGGACACACCUACUCAUUCAACGGUUUUUCUUUAUUUUUACUAUUUUUUACAUUGUAGAAUAAUAGUGAAGACAUCAAAACUAUGAAAUAACACAUAUGGAAUCAUGUAGUAACCAAAAAAGUGUUAAACAAAUCAACAUAUAUUUUAUAUUUGAGAUUCUUCAAAGUAGCCACCCUUUGCCUUGAUGACAGCUUUGUACACUCUUGACAUUCUCUCAACCAGCUUCAUGAGGUAGUCACCUGGAAUCCAUUUCAAUUAACAGGUGUGCCUUCUUAAAAGUUAAUUUGUGGAAUUUCUUUCCUUAAUGCGUUUGAGCCAAUCAGUUGUGUUGUGACAAGGUAGAUAGCCCUAUUUGGUAAAAGCCCAAGUCUAUAUUAUGGCAAGAACAGCUCAGAUAAGCAAAGAGAAACGACAGUCCAUCAUUACUUUGAGACAUGAAGGUCAGACAAUACGGAAAACUUCAAGAACUUUGAAAGUUUCUUCAAGUGCAGUCACAAAAAACAUCAAGCGCUAUGAUGAAACUGGCUCUCAUGAGGACCGCCACAGGAAUGGAAGACCCAGAGUUACCUCUGCUGCAGAGGAUAAGUUGAUUAGACUUACCAGCCUCAGAAAUUGCAGCCCAAAUAAAUGCUUCACAGAGUUCAAGUCACAGACACAUCUCAACAUCAACUGUUCAGAGGGGACUGUGUGAAUCAGGCCUUCAUGAUCGAAUUGCUGCAAAGAAACCACUACUAAAGGACACCAAUAAGAAGAAGAGACCUGCUUGGUCCAACAAACACAAGCAAUGGACAUUAGACCGGUGGAAAUUUGUCCUUUUGUAUGAUGAAUCCAAAUUGGAGAUUUUUGGUUACAACCGCCGUGUCUUUGUGAGACGCGGUGUGGGUGAACGGAUUAUCUCUGCAUGUGUAAUUCCCACUGUAAAGCAUGAAGGAGGAGGUGUUAUGGUGUGAGGGUGCUUUGCUGGGGACACUGUCUGUGAUUUAUUUAGAAUUCAAUGCACACUUACCAGCAUGGCUACCACAGCAUUCUGCAGCGAUACGCCAUCCCAUCUGGUUUGGGCUUAGUGGGACUAUUAUUUGAUUUCAACAGGAGAAUGACCCAACACACCUCCAGGCUGUGUAAGGGCUAUUUGACCAAGAAGGAGAGUGAUGGAGUGCUGCAUCAGAUGACCUGGCCUCCACAAUCCCCCGACCUCAACCCAAUUGAGAUGGUUUGGGAUGAGUCGGACCACAGAGUGAAGGAAAAAUCAGCCAACAAGUGCUCAGCAUAUGUGGGAACUCCUUCAAGACUGUUGGGAAAGCAUUCCAGGUGAAGCUGGUUGAGAGAAUGCCAAGAGUGGCUACUUUGAAGAAUCUAAAAUCAAAAAUAUAUUUUGAUUUGUUUAACACUUUUUUGGUUACUACAUGGUUCCAUAUUUCAUAGUUUUGAUGUCUUCACUAUUAUUCUAUAAUGUAGAAAAUAGUAAAAAUAAAGAAAAACCCUUGAAUGAGUAGGUGUGUCCAAACUUUUGACUGGUACUGUAUAAACACACACACACACACACACAUACACAAUAAAAGGCAGUGGGCCGUGCCCGGUUGAAAGUGGUCUGUACUACAAUAGAGUGAUUGUGUUCAGAGGGGAGGUAGAAUGAAGGGAGGUUUCAGGACUUCAUGUUCUGGCUUCUCAUCACCACACUAAUGUUAUCUACACAUGGAGCGCUCUGAAAACAUAGAGAGAGGGAUGGCACUUUAAAGAUGGCUAUUAAUGUCUUUAAUAACUCUGGUGUAAAUUUCAAUGAAGGUUGAGACCCAGUGAAAAGCUGUGUAUAGAGGCUGUGCAUUACUGGUUAGCAGACAAAGCCACUAUCAUUAUGUCAAACUAGGUUGUCAGUGUUUAGAUUAGGCUGUUUUUGUUUUCAGUUUCACAUCAGGAAUAAGUUGUGUGUGUGUUUUACUAGGGGACAUCCUGUAGUGACUAGACCACCACUCUGAGGCUUUCUGACUGUUUAUUUGGGGUUGUUUAAAUACUUUACCCCUUUCCCCACUUCCCGUACCACGCACACACACACACACACACACACACACACACACACACACACAUCGGUAGGGAGUUACAGCUCAACCACAGCCAGUAAAAAUGCCUUGUUAGUGAGUUCUGAGUCACUUAUUCAGAGAUUAGGGUUUGUGAGUGACUGAGGCAGCUGCUGAUGGUUUAGUAACUGUGUGAAGCUCCAGUAGUGAGAGGAGUGUCCUUUUGACUGAGGAACUGAAUUGGAUUGAGAUUUUCUUGACAGAUAUUGAGCCUUAAUCUCUGCCAGCUAGUGUGUUGCCGGAUCAGACAGGUAUAUGAAGGUAUGAAACAGUGAUGAGUAAUGAGUGAGGAGUGCGCUUUGGUUUGUAAACACCCCUCCUAACCUCACACCCUCCAACAUACACAUUCAAAAAACUAAGACCAAAACAAAACAACAGGAAGCAGUAGGCCGGUCUCCAUAGUGACUAGAGAACAGUCUGGAAACAUUUAACGCCCCCCAAACUAACCGCCCUCCACCUUUCUGAGGGAGGGACUUAGAAACAGGGAGAGAAACAGGGAAGGGGGUGAACCCCUCUAGACCCCUCCUAGUGUCUACAGGUACAGCUCCCCUCUGCCCUGUACUAG